UCACACCCCACACGCCGGCACAAAUUUAAGGGUUUAUUCAACCAUAACAACGUAAUCAAACGCUAUUCAAUCGAGCUGUGGCGUUGAAUCUCAACCAGUGGAAGAAGAAGAAGGCAUUGAUUGGGGUGGUGCGACUAUACUCUAUAGCCCGAGUUACGUGGUUGUUAAUUGUCCAUGUCUUCCUCCUCAACUCGAUCUACCGCCGCCGGUGCCGGCGAUGCGAAGAAGAAGUUAGGGUUUUUGGCGCACGCGAUGAAACGAAAGGACAGCUUCAUUCAAUUUUUCGCUAUGACUGGAAUUCUUCUCUUAAGCAUGAGAUCCUUGGGACAAAAGUACAAAAUCCAUGGACUUGAAGAAGAUACACAUGCUCUAAGGGAAGAACACGGUUCACUCACCGACCGUAUGAAAAACAUUAAACGCGCAUUGCUUCAUGAAGCUUCUCAAGAUUCUACUGGAAUCUUAGCUUCUCGCCUUCGUAGUAUCUUCAAUGAACAACAUUGAUCCAUCUCCUCCGUGAGUUUUUCUCUGUUACUUGUUUUCGUGUUUAUAAAUCUAUCAAGAAAAUAUUGUAAACCCUAGUCCAUUGUGCGUGCUGUUCGAUUUCACCUCUUUAAUUGUUCUCUGAUAAUGAAAAUAAUAGUCCUAGAGGACUUUUUACAUUUAGAAAUUUGAAUCUUCUUACAUUUGUAAUAAGUGACCUUGUUGGUGCUGCUAAAUUUCUCUAAAAUUCUGGUGUCGAAUCAACGUUGAUUCCAUUGCGCAUCAACUGCACUAUAAGUUUCUUCCUUAUGUAAUCAUUGUAUUGUUUACCCGGUUUAUUAUAUUUUGUGCCAUGGCAACAUGGUUUGAACA